AUGACUGGUCGCUUCAACCUGUCCAAACCAGCUUCAACAGGCUUAUCCUCACUCACUAUCGACAAAUUCCUCAAAGCCCAGAAAAACCUCUCUAAACCCCAACCAAAGCUGUGGCCCAACGAUCACCAACUCCAAAUCCCAUCCUCACAAGACAACCAACAACAGCGACCAGUCAUUUUAAGAAGAACCCGCCCCAUUUUACGAGCCUUUGAAUCAUGCACUUGUUUCAAUCAAUUCAACCAAAACCACACUCAACUCCUCAAGUCUGACCUCCUCCAACACCCUCCCGUGGUGACCUGGGUAUUGAAAAAGCUCUGCAACUCUUUGAAGUCAGUUUCUCAUGCCGUUUUGGUAUUUGAUUGUAUCAAAGAGCCUGAUACUUUGAUUUGUAAUAUUGUAUUGAAGGGUUUUUUGGAUUUUGAUGAUCCAUUUGGUGCUUUGAGUUUCUACUAUGAAAAAAUGGUGGGUAAAUUGGUUGAGUAUAAUGAGUAUACUUUGCCAUUGUUAUUGAAAAUUUAUGCUGAGAUUAGGUCUUUGAAAGAAGGGGAAAAGGUUCAUGCCCAGGUUUUGAAACUUGGGUUGGAGUCUAAUUUAUGUGUUAAGAAUUCUUUGAUUUGCAUGUAUUCGUUUUGUGGGCAGAUUGGGAUUGCCCAUGAGGUGUUUGAUGAUGGGUUUGUGUUGGAUUUAGUGACUUGGAAUUCGAUGAUUGAUGGUUAUGUGAAGAAUGAGCAGGUUGGUGUUGCACGUGAGCUGUUCAAUGAGAUGCCUAAGAGGGAUCAUUUUAGUUGGAAUUCAAUCUUUGCAGGUUAUGUGGGUGUUGGGGAAAUGGAGGUGGCGAGAGAGUUGUUUGAAAAGAUGCCAUUUAGAGCUCUUGUUUCUUGGAAUUGUAUGAUUGAUGGGUAUGCAAGGAUUGAAAAUAUUUGA